UGUGUGUGUGUGUGUGUGUGUGUGUGUGCGUGCGUGCGUGCGUGUGCGUGUGCGUGUGUGUGUGUGAGGACAGUUGUCGUGCAGCAGGUGGUCGUUGGAGAUUUAUUUAGCAGCAGCAGAAGCUCCCAGUCAGCUGUGAACUUCCUGAGGCUCAGACCAGAACCGGACCGGAACUGGAGUGGAACCGGACCUACCCAGCCCGUCAGAACCAGGUCCGGGUCUCCAGGAGGUUCUGGAGGUUUCUCUGGGUCAGGAUAUGGACGGACUCUGAUCCGGAACCAGCUGCAGGCCGCUGGUUGCUACCGAUGGAGACGCGGUUGCCAUGGAAACAUUGCAUCCACCUGACUCUGCUGCUGGUCCAGCUGCGUUUACCUGAAGUGGGAGCUUCCUGUCGGAUCCUGAGGUGUAACUCUGAGUUUGUUGCUGCGACCGUCCACCUGAGCGGCGGUGGCGACGCGGCGCUCAGCAGCGACUCGGCGUACUGCAGUGCGCUGCGCUCCUACAGCCUGUGCACCAAGCGGAUGGCGCGGCCGUGCCGCGGAGACCUGGCCUACCACUCAGCAGUGCAGGGCAUCGAGGACCUGCUGAUCCAGCACCGCUGCCCGCGGGCGGGGCCCACGGCCCGGCCCUGGCCCCGCCCACAGGGCGCCGUGUCGGGGGACGCCUGCCUCUACGAGCGGAGCUUCAUCAUCAGGGAGGGCCGGGCGCCGGAGUACCGGCACUGCAGCGUGUUCGGAGACCCGCACAUCCGAACCUUCAGCGACGACUUCCACACCUGUGCGGUGCAGGGGGCGUGGCCUCUCAUCGACAACGACUACCUGUAUGUGCAGGUCACCAGCACGCCAGCCAGUCACGGGACGCACCACACGGUCGUCACCAAGAUCACCAUCAUCUUUAAGAGCUGGCGGCAGUGUACCGACCAGCAGCUGUACCAGGCGGAACUGGACCACGUUCCCGCUGCCUUCGCCGACGGCUCUCAGUGGAGCGGCGAGCGACGGGGCCGCCGCGUCCUGACGGUGCGGACCGACAGUCCCGGCCGGCACGCCGAGAUCCGGGCGGCGUACAUCGGUACGCUGUUGGUGGUGCGGCAGAGCGGCCGCUCGCUCGGCCUGUCCGUCCGCUCGCCCCGCGGCGUCCUGGAGGCCUUCCACCCGGACCACGACCUGCAGCUGUGCGUGUGGGGCUGCCCUGCCUCCCACAGGGUGGACGCGCUGCGCCCGCCGCCGCAGGCCGCCGGCGCCGCGGAGGCUCAUUGCGCCGCGCUGCUUCCCACCCGGGACGUCUACUACCACGCAUGCGUGUUCGACCUGACCGCCAGCGGGGACCUGAACUCCAGCGGAGCCGCGGUGGCCGCCCUGCUGGACGCCCGCAGCAUGACCGGCAGCGGGCAGGGCGUCCACCUGCUGCCCGUUGCUGCUGCGGGACCAGCGGGGCCGCAGCCGCCGCUGGUCCCGCUCAGCAUGCUGGGAGUUCUGGGCGGGGCCUGGAUCACCUGCUGCUAGUUACAUUCACUCAAUUACAUUCAGAGUAAGUUUUUGAGAUCAAAAUAAAGUACUUUUAGGAGUAUUUUUACAACGCUAUACUUUUUACUUUCAGGUGAGUGAUUUCAUUAUGAAGUGUCGUCACUGUAGAGUAAAACUUCUGGAUCCUCCACAGUGAAUAACGUCACUGAAUGAAGAACAGACUUAUACCAUUUGUAAAAUCAAAUAAAACGUUUACAGCAAAAGUUUAGUUUUAGUUGAGUUUAGUUUUCACUAUGUUUAAUUUGUUACUAAAUACUUGUUAUCAAAAUAAAUAUUUAAUUUGGAGCUAAAUAUUUAGUUUUGAAACUAAACUAAAUAUCUAGCUUGUGAAUUAAAUAUUUAGUCUGGAACUAUAUGGCUGAAAUAUAACUUUAAAAAAUGAACACCCACAUUUCUUUGACAGUCUAAAUAAACUAAACUUUUGCUGUUAGUUUUUUAGUGUAACUAUGCAAACGGCGCCUCGUAUGUUUUAACCAAUCGCCAUCAGAAUCAGACACACCUGCAGAUUUUGUUAAAUUGAAAGAAACAAAUUUUGAAAAAAAAAUAUUUCUUGAGUUUUGCUGUUUUCUAUGUAUUUAUAUAAAUUAUUGUCAAUCUGGUUUUUAAAAUAUCAACAUUUUCUCAUAACUUUAUGUUUUGGUUUGUCUGAUUAUGCAAGUCUUUAAUAGGAAAUGAUGUUUUUUUCAGUUACUCAGCACUUCGGUUUCCUUUUAACCAAAAGUUUUUUUCCUCUAACUUGAGUAAUUUCUUGGACGGCUAUUUUUUACUUUUACUGGAUAAAAACAUUUCAGGUUUUCUUACGCUUCCCCCCACUGGACGUCAGGAAGCUGCAGAAGGUGAUGCCUGUCUUCAUCGUUUUGAUGCAGCUGGAAUAAAAUAAAAAUCCAGUUUUUCAGUUUUCAUGGACACUCAAACAUCUCGGCGCUCCAUAGUUCAAAAACUAUAUUUGUUCUCAGCUGCUGCACAUUAAUCUGAUUCUCAGGACAGUUUCCAGGGUGUUUCAUAAAAACAAUUCAUUUCUUUUUCAUCAGUCACUUCUGAGUGACUCAGACUUCAGCUGCACUCCCCUCUGUGUUUCUGUGUUUGGAGUAAAAAUAGAUUUUCAGAUCAUCAGAAUCGUCGGUGCAGUUUUGGUUCUGCAGAGGAUCCAGUCGGACCUUUAGACCAGCAGAACUUUAAGGAAACAGCUUAAAAUGGCUGUUUUUAUUUUAAAGCACAUUUCAGCAACAAACUGAUGCAAAAACAAGCAAAGAACUUUAUGUUGAUGGAAAGUUGAAAAACAGACUAAAAUUAUUUAUUUAUUAUUUAUCAAAGACAGCUCUCAGCAAAAUAGUUGUUUAACUUUGAUCUAGAGGAGGCGCAGCAUGCUAUCUGCACCUUUUCAGAUGUUAAAUACGUUUUGUUUUGUACUUGGAGCCUUGGUGAGCAGUAACGUUGAAUUUAGUCUCAGUCUGUCCAGUUUAUUCCCCGUUACAGUUUUUAAACUCUACUCUUCAGUCUUUGUUGUAGAUUUGCUAAACAAAGUCAUGAACUUCCAGCUAACCAGUUUCACAAAUCCGCCAUUUUUUUCUUGCAGAGAUUUUUUUUACUCCAAAUUCAGGGUUGCCAAAAUUACAAGUAAACAAAUAAAAAUAUUUGGUUUUUGGUUGUAUUAACCCACACAACAUAUUGAUAUGACAUCCAGGCUGUUUUGCUAGCAGUAGCAUUCUGCUAAUGUUAGCAUGUGUGCUAGCAUUUAUGUGUUAGCACACAUGCUCUUAAUCAAUCUGUGUUGAAUAAUCUCAAUUGAAGAACCAGAACAAAAAGUAUUUCUUGUUUUGCAUUGAUUGUAUUGAUUGAAUUAUUUUUCCUGCUAGUCAGAAUAUGAAUGCAGAUCUUACAUUUUCAGUCAGAAUCAAGAAAAUGUAGCUAUGUCGAGUCAAAACUACGUUUUAAGUAUCUGUAAUGUAAUUAGUCAGAAGAAACUGAUUUCACGUUAAAACUGCCUGACAUAGAUACUAUAUGUCCACUUUGAAAGAGUCAAUGUUUCAGCAGUUUUGCAGUUUUCUGGACGUCUGUUCCAGAUCGGUGGUUCUGGUUCUGGGGAUGAAGAACCAGAACAAAAAGUAUUUCUUGUUUUGUAUUGAUUGUAUUUAUUGACAGAAUUUGUUAAGUUUUUCUUACCCUUGUUUUGUGGAAGCUUGAACGUAAUAAACCUGCAUUUCUUCCCCCAGUGAUUUACUGGAUUCGAUCAUCAGCUCAUGAAUAUUUAUAUUUACCCCAGAGAAAGUGGUGGGAGUGAAUUCAUCAUAAAAACUCAGAGGAAUUUCUGAAUGUUUUUCAAAAGGAAACCUUUCAUCACAGCGACCGACUCCCAGGCCCAGAAGUGGCCUAAGCUCCACCUGCCAGGUGCUGCAGAGACCUGCCACCGACCUGCCGGUGAAAUCAAACAUGUCAGACAUUUACGGUAACAUGCAUUCUGCAAGAAAGCUCCAGAUAAAUUCAAUCUGAGUCAUGAAAGUAAGAAGAAAUUUAUCACUAAUCCGGCCAUUAUUGAUGUCUUUGUGUUAAUUUCCCCAACCCCGAGAAUCAGAGGAUCUGAGUGUCAAUAUGCUUAAUGCAAUUCACCAUUACAACAACCGCUCAGCAGCGCCGUGUGUGUGUGUGUGUGUGUGUGUGUGUGUGUGUGGUUUAGAAACCAGUCAGAGCAGCAGAAUGAAGAACAAUGAUAAUGACAGAUGAUGAUGAUUUAUGAAAACGUCUCAUGUUUACAUCCGCUGGUUUUUAAUGUCUUGUGGAA